UUUAUCAGAACUGUUAACGUUACUAACAAAGAACUCACGCUGCGUUUUUUAGACAAUAUUGAAGCUUUCAAAAAUAUUGACCGUAAGGUAAAACGUAAAGAAUUGCGCUAUGGCAAGUUCAGAAAAUUAGCAUUAUUCCUUCUUGAGAAUAUCGAGAGCUUGGAGAACUUUUAUUUUUUAAAAGAACGUCUGCGAUGUUUUACUUUUCUUUUUUAUACGGUGAAGUGGUAGUAUUUGCGAAUUUUGUCCAGUUAAAUACAAUAAUAUAUUCAUCUGAAAACUUUCGUCCGGAAGAAUACGUAGAGCAGCAUGAGUAACUUCUUGACGGACAUGCGAAUUGCUACAUUAAUGAGAGUGGUCAUCUUCAUAUUGGCAAUUCUGCCUCCACCAGGUGUCUCAAUUCUAGGCGGAUUCUUCAUACGAGAUCCUACCAAAUGUCAGUUACGGUGCGACGGUAAACACGGAUUCUGGGAGAAAUCCCUGGGUCGCCUGGAGCGAGUCUCUGACGGCGUGAUCAUUCUGAAGGGACUCAAAUGUUUUUGCAAGUUGACCCCUCACCUUCGAAGACUCGUCCGAAGCCGCUUCGGGAAGGGGACCGCACGGAAGUUCAUGUUUUGGGUCUUCUACGGCUACUCCAGACCCACGCGCUUCUACCUCAUGCGGACCGACAGCGUCAAGCCCGAAGCGCACAUACAGUUCGUCUCGCACGCCCAGAGAGGCCUCUACCGACGCUGGGCACAAGAGAAAAUUGCCAAGCUCCCGCCAGGAGCCCCAUAUGUGGUUGACAUCAACACUGACUUUUUGAAAGAUGAGAUUUUGAAGAAAGAAGAUGCCAAGUGACGAUUUUUUGUCCUGAGAGAAACGGCGCACAGUGGAUCGAGUCAAUAGAAGAGAUCUGACACAAUUUGGAAACUUUGAACUAUUAUAGCUCCGUUUCUACGAAACUUAAAGGCUCUGAAAAUGGUUCCACUGGUUUCCUCGUAAAAAUUGUCUACAAAAGCAUCCCUCUAAAUUGAAAAUGUGACAAAAUAAACAUCAAAAUUUGCAGUUUUAGUCAAAAAUUUCAUGUCCGACCUCUCUGAUUGACUCGAUCCACCGUGCGGCGGCGGGAGACUGUAAAAUCGAACGCAGGGACUCACGCAUAGAAAUAAAGUAUAUAUAGCACCUGGUCACAA